UUGCUAGGGAGAGGUUUCUACACCCUUAUAAAGAAUGCUUCAUUCUCUCCUCCAACCAAUGAGAUCUACUUUUGAAAAUAGUCUAGUAAACAAUUUCUUCUGUAGAUGCCAACGUUCUUGAUGACUUACCUUUCCCCCCCUCCGAUCAUCCUACAGUACAGCUGCCAAAUUGAUGCAGUUGAAUCAGAGUUUUCGAACCGAAAUAAAACAUCCAAUGCAUCAAGGUUCAAAGUAGUUAUUGUUAUUAUUUUUGGGUGGGGCGAGAAAAACUGAGUUUAAGUGAAGUAAUGAAAUGUACUCAAAAGGGAGAGGAAGCCUUCCAAAUGCCAUGGGAAUUAGACAAAGCUCCACUGAAUAUCCUUUUUAGCUUGACUUUCUAGUUGGUAGGUCAACAUCUCUGUUGCCAGCUGAAACCUAAGAAUUAGUAGCAUUGCCAGACAUGUUUCAAGUCAUCUCUUCUUACUUGUAUGUAUUUUGACAGGCUUCCCAGUCCCGGUCGGAACAAACUCAGAAUCUCUGCCCUCAAUUUCUAAAUGGUGAAAAUGUGCAACCUAUGACUGAGGGGGCCUCAAAAGAUGCUCAGUCCUCAAUCGCACCACACGGCCUUGUACCGAGGGAGAUAGAACAAUCAGCGCCAGUAAUGUAUGCAGCCUCAUUACCUUUUCCUGCAAAACCUGCACCUAUUGAGGAAGAUCCCCGCAAGUCUGCUGCUGCUGCCGUGGCAGCAAAGCUAACUGCAUCGACAUCCUCGGUUCAGAUGCUCUCUUACGUCCUAUCUUCCCUGGCAUCGGAGGGUGUAAUUGGAAAUCCAAAUAAAGAGUUAUCUUGUGACUAUCCAUCUGAGAAGAGGACCAAACUUGAAAAUGACCAGUCACCCUACGUAUUGCCUCCGAGUCCACAGCAGCCACCCGUCUCUUCCUUCCCAAACCCGGAGUCUCUCCAACGUAAUGCCUCAUCGACCAGUCAACAAUACACUCCUCCUCCCCCAUCAUCAUCUCCCCCGCCGAUCCCUCCAUUACCUCCUGUAGUGCAGUUCACACAGAAUGUUGGGUCAGUAAGUAGCAUGCCUUUCAGUUACAGUAUGACACAAUCAUUGCCACCACUGGCGAAACCUGGCUAUCCGAAUGUAGGUGCCCCAGUGACUGGGAUGUCUCCUUUUACAAUACCAACAAAUUCUUACCAGAGUUUUCAGGCUUCAGAUGCCAAUUUCUAUAAUCAGUCCUCAUCAAUGCCGAUGACACCAGUUUCUAGGCCAUAGAGCUGUGUAAUACUAGUCUUACUUCACCUAUUUGUGCUAACAAAUCUUUAAGGAAGUGAUGCUUCCCAUUAAGGCCUAUGAGGAAAUCUUGCAUCCUCGUGUGCUCCUUAAGUUCUGACGACAUAACUAAAUGGAUUUUGCACAUAGUAAUAGUUUGUAAUUUUACUUCAUUUAUUAAUGUAAUGCUUAGAGUCUGGAAAAGUAA